AAUUCAACUACGCCAGCUAAAUUAGUAAUGUGACUCAAAACUGUUUUGCACUUCCUUCUACGAAUGUUAAUCGAUAUGGCGGAUCUCUGCGCAAGGAAACUUACGAAAGAGUCGAAUGCAGCAAUAUUACUCAAGGAGGGAAAGAACAAUGACCGCUUUGCUACCCAUCCCACCCCUCAAAAAUUGCGAUGGUACCUUCUAGCACAUUCACGGUAUUUCUACGUUUUGGAGCUGACGGCUGCAUUGUUUCUUCUUGCCUUGGGACUCACUGAAAAACCUCCAGCACUAAAGGCUAAUAAUUUGAGUCUUCCAGUCCAGGUUCAUGCAGCCUUGGAGGUUCUCUCACUGAUGAUUGUCUUUGCUGGACUUGCUGUAAAACUGAAGUGGCAGGGAGCAAAACUUUUCUUCACCCAUAAGAGAACCCUUCUCAAGGUUUUUAUCUGGUGCAUGGUAUUUAUAGAAGCCAUUGUGGUGCUGGUGAGAAGGGAGAAUCAUUUUCGAGUAACAAGAUCUCUGCGCCCACUCUUUCUCAUUGAUACACAUUACUGUUUUGGGGUGAGAAGGGUUCUAAGACAGAUUUUACUUUCGCUUCCUCCAAUCCUGGACAUGCUCUUUCUGCUGUUUUUUAUCAUGGUAAUCUUUGCUGUGUUAGGGUUUUACCUGUUUUCUGACAAUGAAAAGGAUGAGUUUUUCAGCAGCUUCUGGAGAAGCUUCAUCAGCUUAUUUGUGUUACUUACAACAGCAAAUUAUCCUGAUGUAAUGAUGCCAGCAUAUAACAGAUCACAAUGGUCGGUUAUCUACUUUGUUGUUUACAUCGCAAUUGUUCUUUACUUUCUCAUGAAUCUGCUGUUGGCUGUGGUUUAUGAUACCUUUACCAACAUUGAAAAGAAUAAGUUUAGAAAACUCUUUCUUCAUAAAAGGCAUGCUGUAAGACAAGCUUACAAACUUCUCUGCAGUGAACAUCCUCCACAUUGGAUCCCAUGGGAAACUUUUAAAGGCUUGAUGUCAUUUUAUAAACCCAAAAAGACUGAUGUCGAGAAAUAUCUUGUUUUCAAGUCACUAAAUAAAAGUAACACUGGAAAAUUAAGCCUGGAUGAAUUUUACAAUGUUUUUGAAAACAGUGAGAUGAGGUGGAAGCGGGUAACAGAACAUUACAAUCAGUGGUUUAGCUGUUUCAGGUCAUGUACCUGUUUGUACCGCACACUCAAAGGUGUUCGCUGGCUCAUAUCACAGAAAGCUUUUGAGUUCGUCAUCUAUGGAAUUAUUAUUGCAAAUGGGAUUUCAGUUGUUGUGGAUAUCAUUGUGUUUUCCAACACUCCUCAAAAUGAAAGGCAAAAGAAGAUAAGAGAGCUCCAUUGGUACCAUAUAGUCUUCAUUUGUAUUUAUGCAGUAGAAGCCUCGCUCAAACUCCUUGGUCUUGGUUUCAGGAAAUAUUUCCUGUCUGGCUGGAAUAUAUUCGACUUCUUUGUAACUGUGGCUGGCUUUAUUGGUGCAGUGUCAACAUCCUUCAGUUUUAUCGUCUGUUUGAGACCCUUGAGACUUUUGCUACUUUUUAAAUUGAAAGAAAGAUACCGUGACUUGUUUGAGACAAUAGGUGUCUUAUUACCUCGAAUGGCCAGGGUUGCCGUCGUCAUUCUGUUGAUGUACUACUCGUUUGGAAUCAUUGGAAUAGAAUGCUUCUCUGGACUCGAACUAAAGGAUUGUUGUGUAAACACUUCGUGGGAAGGAGAAUACAAGGAGGGUGGCUAUUAUUAUUUAAACAACUUCAAUGAUUUGCUACAUUCAUACGUGACUUUGUUCGAGUUGACAGUGGUAAACAACUGGUUUAUAAUAAUGGAAGGGAUAGUUUACCUGACAUCAGACUGGGCCAGAGUAUUCUUUAUGUCAUUUUACAUUGUCACAAUGGUUGUUAUGACAAUAGUUGUGGCGUUUAUCCUGGAAGCCUUUCUCUUCCGGAUUGAAUAUAGAAAAGAACAUCCUACCGACGAGAAAGAGGAUAUGAAAAUCAGGAUGGAAAUCAUUGUGACCUACGAAGAACUCCUGGCCUUGGGCGAAAGCUAUGUGGAAGAUCUGCAGCCCGAUCAGCCCGUUCAUUACGUUGGAAAACGCCCCAAGACAAAAAUGGAUUUGAGCGUAAAAAUGUACGACGAUGAAGUCAAGGAAUGGAUAAAAAAGGAAAGGGCCCUCGACAUGGGAGAAACUUCAGUGCACGCUUAUAUAACAGAGGAUAAAAUGCCCAUGUCUUCUACCAACUCUCCUUCAUCACCAGUCUCCUCGAAUACGUCAUCCAAUGGUCUUGUGACUGAGGAGAUAACAAUGGGAGAAGUAAACACAGUGUUUGAUGAGGAAGAAGUAAAUUAUGACGCCACCUUUUGAAAAUGGGAGCGGGAAAAACUGUUAACCUUCAACAAGAGUUCAACAGAUUACUCUAUUAUGUACAUAUACUCAGUAAAAUAGGCCAUAACCAUACAAUAUACACUAAUCGAAAUGUCCUAAACUCGAACUCGAACUUUUUAAAAGCGAUUUGUCUAAAAAAGAUAUUGAUUCUAAACAUUUUUUAGGAUUUGCAAAAUAUAUUUUUUGAAUGUCCCUUUUCGGCUUCCGUGGUUUGAAAUAUUUUUUGAUGUUUUGAUGGUUGACCUCAGAAAUUCUCUACAGGCUCUAAAGAAUACCACAUCUGUUCAAGAGGCUCAAAAGCUAAUCUCAGAUAAUAAUCUACAAACAGUCUUUGGGCUUGCAGGUACCCAUCAGAUCUUAAGUAAACAGGAAGACAUUUAAAAUCAUGUUGACAAUCUCGACUGCUCAUUGGUUUGUAAUUGAGAGGGUCCAUGCAGUAUUUGAGCAAUUUAGAGGAGGGCUAUCCUAACUAGGUGUCCUUGAAGCUAUGACAGAAAAUUAAGAGAAAUUUAAGGGUUUUUUUGGCUGUUCUGAAGUAGCUGCCAUCGUCGUGACGAUGGCGGCUGACUUCCUGACACCUAUUUACACCUCGUCAGGAAAAAGGCUGCUAAUUAGUGAUUGUAAUAAAGGACCUCUUGUUGCAGCGUUUAGAUCACCCCUGAUGGAGGUACUAGACAGGAAGUGUCGAAACAUUGGGUCUGUGAAUUGUAAACAAAGGCCCGGUUUGUUCCCACAAGAAAUAGAUUAAGAGAUCUAGAAGUAUUGUUCUCAGGUAUGCAUAGCAAGUAGCUGUGAAGAGUAACGAAUUCAACAACUAAUUCAACAGCCAAAAGAGUAUUGUGACUCAAAACUGUUUUACACUUCCUUCUACGAAUAUUAACCGAUAUGGCGAAUCUUCGCGUAAGUGGACUUACGAAAGAGUCGGUAGGUUUUGCGACAGUAAUAUAGUAAAACAUCAAAAGUUAGUAGAGUUAUUAUUAUCAAAGUUAUUAUCAUAUUUACAACAUUAUUUGAAAGUGUCAACCUAAAAGGUUGCUUCUAGAAACUGCCGUGAGAGAGUUUUGAUACAUGAUCAGCGUUUACAUUUUUACAGAAGGAAAGAGUAUUUAUGCAGUAAAAAACGAAAAUGAAGAAUUAACUCACACACAGGUAUUUUGACUGUAUUGGUGCUACGGAUACCUGUUAGUACAAAAUGCGGUAAAACAUUUCCGCACAGCCUCAUACUAUUGUAAAACAAAUCUGUUUUCCCAACGACAAUAUAUUGUUUUUUAUCAUUGUUUCCUCUAUCCAAAAACUGAAUGCAUAAUGUAGUAUGGGGCUGUGCGGAAAUUUUACCCAAAAUGCAGACUGCAGACUGCAGACCGCAGACCGGAUACAAAAUGUAGACCAGGUACAAAAUGUAAACUGCAGAGUGGGUAAAAAAUGCAGAAUGAGAAUUUAAAGUGUUUUUUCGUCUGGCAUGUGAUAACAUGUCAUCUUAUGACUUAACGAGCGUCACGCAAUCGCUUCUCCGCGAUCAGCGUUCACGAUUAUUUGCACUAUUGUGGAAUAUUCUUGGCCCCUUUCUAUAUCAAAAUCGUUUCUAAUAUAAUUUUAAGCCUUCAUAUAGUGUUUUCACUUUGCGCGCGAGUUGAUUGGUGUGAUGUCUGUACAGAUUUUACCAACUUAAUAAAAGUAGAUGUAGAUGUAAA